AUGGCAUCGGACGAGUACGCACUAGCUUUGUUAGCCCUCGCGUUAAUUAUGAAAAAAAAAGAAACAAAACCAGUGAAAAGGAAACGAAAAAAGUGGUGUAAGGAUUGGUUAUUAAAAAGAGCUACUUAUAGUCAUGUAAACUUAUUAAAUGAAUUAAAAUUUGAACCUGAAGAUUUUAAAAACUAUCUCAGAAUGGACGAAAAAACAUACCUUGAAUUACUUUCAAUGGUGACUCCUAUGAUAAAAAAAAGAAGACACUGUUAUGAGAAAAAGUAUUUCUGCGCAUGA